CUUGGACCUACCCUAAACUCAGCCACUCAUUGAAACUAUACAGGUCUUAUUGAAUUUGCCCACGGUCUGACACGCUGAGCGCAUUCCAUUCGGAGGACGCAACCGCAAGACACACAACCUCGCCAUCUGAAGAUGCAGAUCUUCGUCAAGACCCUCACAGGGAAGACUAUCACCCUUGAGGUGGAGUCUUCUGACACCAUCGACAACGUCAAGGCCAAAAUUCAGGAUAAGGAGGGUAUUCCCCCCGAUCAACAGCGUCUCAUCUUCGCUGGAAAGCAGCUCGAAGAUGGUCGCACACUCAGCGACUAUAACAUCCAGAAGGAAUCUACUCUCCACCUUGUCCUUCGUCUCCGUGGCGGAAUCAUUGAGCCCUCAUUAAAGGUCCUCGCAGCUAAAUACAACUGCGACAAGCAAAUCUGCCGAAAAUGCUACGCACGUCUGCCCCCUCGCGCAACUAACUGCCGUAAGCGCGGAUGUGGACACUCGUCACAACUCCGCCCCAAGAAGAAGUUGAAGUAGUCGACUCGCUUUGGGCGUGCUUUGGGGACGAUUAUGGGACAUCCAUGUGUAUUUCUUUUUCGCUCGCAUGUGCAAUAUGCAACACAUGAUCAUUCCAUGUCGUUUUGUGGAACUUGCUGUGUGAUUUCUCCGCAUUUUGUGCGCAGUGGUGAUAAUUAUUACGCCAGUUCUUUGUCGUAAGAACGACCCCGUAUCGUGACAGGUCAUUUUCCAUCAGAUAUUUGUCAGUAGGCGAACUUCGGUCUCCCCAAGGUGUCAAAGUGUUCCCUAACGACGUUUCGGAGGUGUACAAUGAACCUAUUACCAC